AUGCCCAUGAUAUUUGGUUAUUGGGACAUCCACGGGCUGGCUCACGCCAUCCCCCUGCUCCUGGAAUACACAGACACCAGCUAUGAGGAGAAGAGAUACACCAUGGGGGAUGCUCCCGACUAUGACAGAAGCCAGUGGCUGAAUGAGAAGUUCAAGCUGGGCCUGGACUUUCCCAAUCUGCACUACUUAAUUGAUGGGACUCACAAGCUCACCCAGAGCAAUGCCAUCAUGCACUACAUUGCCCGCAAACACAACCUGUGUGGGGAGACAGAAGAGGAAAGGAUUCGUGUGGACAUUUUGGAGAACCAGCUUACGAACACCCACAUGCAGCUCGUCAUGGUCUGCUACAGCCCUGAUUUUGAGAAAAAGAAGCCAGAGUUCUUGGAAGGGCUCCCUGACAAGAUGAAGCUCUUCUCACAGUUCCUGGGGGAGCAACCUUGGUUUGCAGGGAACAAGAUCACCUUCGUGGAUUUCCUUGCUUAUGAUGUCCUUGACCUGCACUGUAUAUUUGAACCCAAGUGUCUGGAUGCAUUCCCCAAGCUGAAGGUCUUCAUAUCCCACUUUGAGGGCCUGAAGAAGAUAUCAGCCUACAUGAAGUCCAGCUGCUUCCUUCCAGAUCCUUUAUUUCUAAAAAAGGCCACAUGGGGAAACAAGUAG